AUGUAUUAUCAUAAUCCUGACCCAUAUUAACAGCCAUACACUCACGGCUAGUAUAAUGAAAAAACUUACAGAAACAGUGGAUUUCUGACAGAAACUCAAGAUGAUUACCCAGACUACUAAUAUUAUGAUCCUUAUCAAAGUCAACUACAUAAUCGGACAUAUUUGAAUGAUGUACGACCUCUGAAUUAUACAUAUUACGAAUAGUCUCCCUAUCCAGUCAAAACGGGGUAACCACAAACAUAUUUUGAUCCUAACGAUCCCAGCAAUAUUCCAUUCAUGCCUCAUGAAAGGUAUGAUGAUGGAUAUGAGGAAUAUGUACUAUAGUUCAUUAGAAAUUUGCCAAGAUCUACUUAAAAUUUUGAAGAAGUGGCUUUUGCAAAAUAUUUGGCUGAAUGCUCUAUUAUUGAUAAGAAAGUGUGGAAAUUGCAGAGGAUGUUGAAAUAAGAUUAGAGAUUCAAUGUCAAAUUGCUUUUUGAUUUCUUUGAUUCGAAAAAGAAUGGAACAAUUGACUAUAAUGAGUUUCAGUUAGGGUUGUAAAAAUUGGACAUCAUUCUAAAUUCUAUUGAAUUGAGUUAGAUGUUCCUACGUUAUGGAGGGAAUGAUGACAAUCAAAUCUCUUCAGUUGAAUUCAAGUAUAUGCUCUUAGGUCCAGAUGAUUCAUAACAAUUUAUGCAAUUCGGAGCCAUGCAUUAUAUGCAUCAUCCAUUAAAAUAGAACAUUCCUUAGUUUCUUUCAGUGGCUCAAAGAGAAUUGAUUUCUGAAAUCAUGCAUCUACAAUUGCAAUUAGAGAGAAACCUCAAUUUCAUAAAAGAAGUUAUUGGAACCAAAGACAUCCUACUAGCCCUAUUCAAAUAGUUAGAUAUUGGAAUGAAGGGAUAUAUUACUAUCCAAGAUUUAGUAAUUUACAUGAAUGAAUUAGGAGGUCAAUUUGAACAAUAUGAUUUAAAAGGGUGUUUAGAUAGAAUGUCAAAAGUUCAUUGCAGUCGAAUAAAUUUCAAUGAGUUUAAGAAAGAAUUCUUUUUAGAUGAAAAGAAGAAAUCUGAGCAAGAUUAAAAUAUUGAUAUUAUGAGUGACAGAAAUAAAACAAGAUAAAAAGAUUACAUUCAAGAAUUGCAUUAGAGAACAAAAGACUUGUAAAAUCAAUAAUUAUAAGCUCAAAAACUCUCUACUGAUCGUAAAUCGUAACCGUUAUUAACUACUACUACUUAAGUUAAAUAACCUCAACCUUAUGUAGUACAGCCACCUGUUGCAUAAAAAAGAAAAUAGGAAUAACCAAUUAAUUAAUUAGAUGAUGAUUUAGAUGAUUUAUUGUUUCCUGGUUUCUAGAAAUAUGAAUUAUAACCACCAGAUUAAGAAUAUUGA